GCGCAUCAACCGCCCCCACAGCAGAAUACGCAAGCGUACAGAUUCGAUUUUUCUGGAGAAAUCGAGAUUUCUAGAGAGAGAGAGAGUUUUAGAGAGAGAAUCGACAAUCGCCUUGGUUCGUGGGCGUUUAUUAGAUUGAAUCGAUCGAUCGAUGAUCAAUCUGUUUGUUUGCCAAACUAAUCAAUCUAUAAAUUUUCUUUGAAAAUUUGAAUCGAAUAAAGGGUUUCAAUCGGUAACUGAGUAAGUUGUUGGGUUAUUAAUUAGGGUUUUGUUUCUGGUUUUUAUAUUGUUUUGAUUUGGGAUAUACCAAUGAACGAUCAGAUGAAACAGCCACAAAUCUUGAAUCAGCCUCCACAGGUACAGAUUUUGAGUCAGCCUCCUCUGCCUCCUCAGUUGAUGAACCAGAAGAUGAGUCAGUCUCAAUUGAUGAUGAACCAAUCGACUCAGGGUGGGAUGGGCGCCCAGUCGCAGAUGAUGAAUUGGAGUUACGGAAUGUGGCCUCCACCACCACCGCCUCAGUCUUCCAUGGACAUGAUGAACAAGUAUCCAAACCCUAUGAAGCAGAAGCAGCAGCAGCAGCAAGGUUUCAAGAAUCCACGCAAUUGGAAGGGGGGGAAGAAGGGGAACGAUAUGAGGAAAGAUGGAAGGAGGAAGGAAAAGCCCGCGAUUGCCGGUAGCGGCAACAGUGGUGGUGGUGGGGUUGGUGUGGGUGGAGGAGUCGGAAUCGGCGGUGGUGGUGGGGGUUACAAGCCUCCAAUGCUUAAUGAGUUGCAGCAUCAGAAUCGGUUGAAGGCUCGGAGGUUUUUCCCAAAGAAGAAGUUUAAUAACAGAUUUGCCCCAUAUGCUCCUAGAAACACCACUUCGUUUAUUAUUCGUGCAAAGAAAUCGGGUGGGAUUGCGUCACUGGUUUCGCCUUGCCCUGUAACGCCGGCGGUACUUCCCACUCCCAUGUUUUCGCCGUCCAGAGAGGUUUUGGGGGACAUGGCGAAGGAGGAGUGGGGGGUUGAUGGGUAUGGAUCCAUGAAGGGGCUAAUUAGGCUUAGAUCACCUGGGAAUGAUGCUGAUGCACACGAGGAUGAGGAAGAAGAUGAGGGGGGAUCAAGCGAGAGUGAUGUCGAAGAGCAUGUAGAGGUGGAGAGGAGAUUGGAUCAUGAUUUGAGCCGUUUCGAGAUGAUUUAUCCCAACUAUGGUGUGGAUUAUAACAAUGUUUUGGAGAAUCGGGUGGAAGAUCAAGAUACACAUAUAGCUCAACUGGAAGAAGAGAACCUGAUAUUAAAGGAGCGGCUUUUCUUGAUGGAGAGGGAGUUGGGUGAGUUGAGGAGAAGGAUGCAAUAUCUUGAGAGGAAGAACCAAGCAGUGGGAGAAAUUAAUGAGGAGGUGGUAGAGAAUGUUUCUGAAAAUGAAAGUGAGGAGAGAGAGUUUCUCUUCUCAACAGGGGGGAAUAAUGAGGAGGUGGUGGAAGAGAACAACGAAGAAGGUGGGGAGAUUGAUGGGAAGGCGGAGGAUAAUGGGGCAAUAUCGGAGAGUGAGUGUGCAAGGGAUGUUUGCAUGGAGAAAUUUGUAUAUGCAAAGCAUGAAGUGAUGAUACCCGAGAAGCAGUCGGAGUUUGGAGGAGUGGGAAAUGGUUGCUCAGAGAAGAACAUUGGUGGCAGUGAUGAUGUUCAUAUGGGGGAAGAAUUUGCACAUGCGCAGUGUGAAGUAACUGCAGAGGAUCAGACUAAGGAUGGAGUGGGAAGUGGAUUCUAAGAGAAGAGCAUUGGUGACGGUGACUUAUCUAAUCGUCCCGCAUUAAUGUAAAUCUCUUCUCUGAACAGAUAGAUUACUCAUGAUAGAUUCCCUUAGUGCCAUGCCAUCCUUUUGUGCAGAAUUUCUAUAUGUGCUCACUAAGUAGAUUUACCUUUGAAAAAUGCUUGAGAGCACUAAAAAGGGAGAGCACUAAUGAUGUGGCAGUGGGCCCUGCCCACUUUCUAUGCCUUGUUUCUUUUUUUUUACCAUUCCCAAUGCAUUAGGGUUAUUAGUGAUGUAUUUUUUAGUGGUCUAAAUCAUUGUUGUUUACCUUUUUGUUUUCUUGUUUUGUUGAUCUAAUGGGGAAAGAAGAGGACUGGUUUUGUUCGUCAUCUUUUAUGUAGUGAGAUGGGUCCUCAUGUUUUCUUUUUGUUUUUUUCAUCUUUUUCCUUCUUUUCUUUUGAUAUUUUUAGGUGGGGUGGGUGAGUAGGUGGAUUUGUAGGUGCUGGUUGGAGGGUUCAUUUUCGAGAUAUAGUUGUAAUCUUUAGCACAAUGUUGAAUGAACCUCUGAAUUUGAAAUUUA